AUGGCGCGUUUACUUACCGAUAGCCAAGCCGCGGAACUGUAUCCACAAAUCUGUCAUCGCAUACUUGACCUCAAAUGGCCUCCCACAAGCAGCGAAUAUACCGAAGAAGGAUUGAACUUUGAUGAAGGUGCAGUUAGCAAAUACGAGACGCUACUGGAAAUGAAAUGGACCAGCACUAUCCGCCUACAGAAGAAGAUCGCAGGUCUUGAAGCGCGAAAAGCAGCCUUACAAUCCGAACUUGAGAACCUAGCACCUACCUCCUCCCGACGCAAGCAAGACCCAGCGUCUUGGCUUCCACAACAUCCACGACAUUCAUUACACGCUCACAGCGAUAUAGUCAACUGCAUUGCCUUUCAUCCCAAAUAUACAUCGAUCGCGUCGGGUUCCAAUGAUUUUACAAUCAAGAUAUGGGACUGGGAACUCGGGGAGUUGGAGGUAACCCUCAAAGGUCAUACAAGAACAGUUCGUGGUCUUGAUUACGGUUGCCUGUCCCAGAUGGAGCUCCAGGACUCAGAUUAUACGAUCAAGCUUUGGGAUCCAGCAGACGGGUAUAAGAAUACUCGGACAUUGCAAGGACACGAGCACAUAAUCAGUGCUGUACCUUUCAUACCAAAUGGAUGCUUACUUGCUAGAGCAAGUCAUACGGGCUGGGUGCGAGAUAUUUUCCCAUCAUUUGAUGGGAAUUUUCUCUUAUCUACCGGAGAUGACAUGAGUGCGCGAUUGUGGGAUGUUACAGCAAAUGUGACAAACACAUCAGCGAAUUUGGAGCACAAAUUGACAUUAGUCGGUCAUGAAAACUUCAACGAAUGUUGCCUAAUUGUUCCGCCAACUGCCUAUCAAUAUCUCGCGCCAUUAACAGGAUUGACGAAGGGCUCCGUCAUGAGUAUAGCUGAAUUUAUGGCAGCCGGAUCACGCGACAAGACAAUUAAAGUUUGGGAUGCCCGUGGGACUUGUCUCAUGACACUCAUCGGGCAUGACAACUGGGUGCGAGCAAUCAUUUUUCAUCCUGGAGGCAGAUAUCUCCUCUCUGUAUCAGAUGACAAGACGCUACGUUUCUGGGACUUGAGCCAAGGAGGAAAAUAUGUGAAGACAAUCAGUGAUGUCCAUCAUCAAUUUGUCACUUGUUUGAAAUGGGCACCUGGAAUUACCAAAGAUGUUGCCAGCACCUCUUGCGGACACACAUCACAGGCUACUAUAUUUUCGAGAGCUGAAGGGAACAUGUUUGAUAUGCAGAUCCGGUGUAUGGUCGCUACGGGUAGCGUAGACCAGAAACUACGAAUAUUUAUGAGUUAA